AUGUUCAAUACACAACGUGGUAGAGCUCGAUUGCGGUCAAAUGUUCUGCUGCUGCCAGCCACCAAUUGCACAUCCCUGUCGGUCAAAACACACCCUUCGUGCGCGAGAAAAACCUUUGCCACGCCGCGCAAUCCUCCGUCUAAGAGGAGAAAGGAAGCUGUCAGGAAGAAGCCCAUACUCAGUGCGCAACCCAGGCUUCGAGUUGCCGUCGCGCAGCAUGGCAUUGUGAGACCCCAGCCUCUGCCGCCUUCGCGUUGGGUAAGGGCCAAGGAAUUCUUCUCCCGCUGGAGGACAUGGAUAUAUGCUCCUUUACUGCUUAUCGGACUUGGAUACGGCGGCUGCUACUACAUACCUGUCACCCACCAAUGGCUGAACAGCCGCGAAGAAGUGCCGGUCACUGGACGCUUGCGAUAUGGUGGCCUCGAACAGGUUAACGAAUGGUGGAGUAUCGCUAUCAAGCUGGGUCGAGAGCAGGAGUAUGAUGAGAAGCAGAAGGAGAUGAUCAGGGCUUCGAUGCUACCGGAAGACCAUCCCUCGAUGCAGAGAGUACGACAGGUCUUCGAGAGAUUGAUCCGGUGCGGUAAUCUGGCAGGUCUCAAGUGGAGACUUCACAUUAUUGAUGAUGAGACAACACUGAACGCGUUGACUACACCGACGGGCCAAGUCUUCAUCACAAGAUCAAUGUUAAACCUCACGACAACGGACUCCGAACUCGCCGCCGUGCUUGCUCAUGAAAUUGCCCACAAUAUCGCCGAACAUGGACGAGAGCAAAUCAACAACAGGAUCUUGCGGGCGAAAAUGCUAUCGCCUCUCAGGCCUUUGUUCAUGAUCGGAGGCGCUUUUAUAGCUGUUGGUGCGCUUGCCACGUUUGUGGCUGGGGAAGCUGUCGUCAUCGCUGUCCCGGGCAUGAUACUCAUGGCUCCUUUAUCUAUAGGCGAGCAUCUGCUCCUGUACAAGAGUAGGGUCGCAGAGACAGAAGCGGAUUACAUUGGUCUUCUGCUUAUGACACAAGCGGGUUUCGAGCCCAAGGCAGCUGUUGACAUGCAGGUCAAAAUUGGCGAGUUGGAGGAGAAGCUGCAGAAAAUGAAUCGUGAGGCGCGGAAUAGGAAGGGAGAAGUCGUGAGGAAUGAGUGGGAGUCUACGCAUCCUUCGUCUGCUGCACGGGUACGACAGAUUCGGGAGAGUGUGCCGAUUGUGCGCAAGAUUGUGACUGUGGCUGCUGCUCUCGAACAAGCUGGGACCGGAAGUCGUGCUGACUACAAAACCUCAAACGCUGUGUUCUCUGCUGCCGUCCGGUGGCGAGCCUUCUUGGAUGGCCCUCAGCUGGGGCACCACAUUGCCACGGUACUGAGUGCCUGA